UGAUUAAUAUUCUUCUUCCAAAGAAAGCUAUAAUUGAUGAUUUCUUAGAAGACAUUUUACGAAAACUUUCAUUGCCAGAACCCACAAAUAGAAUUAGAUUAUUUGAAAUUACAAAUUGCAAGAUUUUAAAAGAAUAUAAUAAACUUAACAGUCCAAUAGAUAAAAUAUCAGAAAAUGCAACAUUAUAUGCAGAGUUACGCCUUCAAGCACGUUUAGGAAUGGAUGAAAAUGAUUUUGCUGAA